AAGCCCUAGUUCGAAACCCCCCAACGAUCAAAAUUUCAAACUAAAAAGUUGGCGCUCUUCAAGGUUCACCCGAACCAUCAGAGCCAGAAACCCUAAUUUCUCUCCCAUUUGCAUACAAUCUCUGCAUCUAUCAACCUCAAAAUCAACAACAACAAAUGGGUGGUUCUCACAGUCGCGAAGAGUUAGAGAGCUCAGACUCCGAAGAUGAACAAGACGAAGAGGAACAAACUCAAGAAGAAGAAGAUGAGACCUACGAAGAUGUUGAAGAAGAACAGAGAUCUUCAGGGCGUAGAAGACCCAAAACGCCGUCGUCUAUGGACGAGGUCGAGGCCAAGCUCAAAGCCCUCAAGCUGAAGUACCCUUCAAACAACCCAAACCUCAAGAACGCCGUCAAGCUCUACCUUCACGUCGGUGGGAACACACCCAAAUCCAAAUGGAUCGUCUCCGACAAAAUCGCAUCCUUUUACUUCGUCAAAACCUCCCAAAUCGACUCCUCUGAGGCCGAGGACGACGAGGAUGAUGAAGAAAGUGGAGAUUCGUGGUGGGUUUUGAAGGUUGGGUCGAAGGUUAAAGCCAAGGUUGGUACUGACUUGCAAUUGAAGAGUUUUGGAGACCAACGUAGGGUUGAUUUUGUGUCUCAGGGUGUUUGGGCAAUGAAAUUUUUCAGUGAGGAAGAUUACAAAGGGUUUGUCACCAAGUUUCAGGAUUGUUUGUUUGAGAACACUUAUGGGUUUGAAUCGAAUGAUGCGAAUAAGGUUAAAGUUUAUGGGAAAGAUUUUAUUGGGUGGGCUAAUCCUGAAGCUGCGGACGAUUCUGUGUGGGAAGAUGCGGAAGAUAGUUUUUUGAAAAGCCCUGGUUCAGCGACGCCAGUGAGACCCAGUCAUGAUUUGAGGGAGGAGUUCGAAGAGGUGGCUGAGCAUGGCGUGGCAAUACAGAGCUUGGCAUUAGGAGCAUUGGACAAUAGCUUCUUGGUGAGCAAUUCAGGUAUUCAGGUUGUUAAAAAUUUUAGUCAUGGAAUUCAUGGGAAAGGUGUUUAUGUGAAUUUUGAGGGUGGUGGGGGUUAUGGAGGGCAAUCGAGUACGUUGCAUUCAGGUUCAAAGAAGGCUCUUCUUAUGAGGGCUGAAACUAACAUGCUCUUAAUGAGUCCCAAGAUUGAUGGGAAGCCAUGUACAACAGGGCUACAUCAGCUUGACAUUGAAACUGGUAAGAUUGUUACUGAGUGGAAGUUUGAGAAAGAUGGAACUGAUAUUACAAUGAGGGAUAUUACAAAUGAUAGUAAGGGAGCCCAAAUGGAUCCAUCAGGAUCAACAUUUUUGGGAUUGGAUGAUAACAGGCUUUGUAGGUGGGAUAUGAGGGAUAGGAAUGGGAUGGUUCAAAAUCUUGCUACUGCUAGUGCCCCUGUCUUGAAUUGGACCCAAGGUCAUCAGUUCUCUAGAGGAACAAAUUUUCAGUGCUUUGCAACUACUGGCGAUGGCUCGAUCGUUGUUGGUUCUCUUGAUGGGAAGAUCCGAUUGUAUUCGAACAAUUCUAUGAGGCAGGCGAAAACUGCUUUUCCAGGCCUUGGUUCGCCUAUCACUCAUGUUGAUGUUACUUUUGAUGGGAAGUGGAUAUUGGGCACAACAGAUACCUAUUUAAUCCUUGUCUGCACUAUAUUUACUGACAAGGAUGGGAAGACGAAAACAGGUUUUGGUGGUCGUAUGGGGAAUAGGAUAUCGGCUCCCAGAUUGUUGAAGCUGACUCCCCUUGAUUCUCAUAUGGCUGGGGUAAACAAUAAGUUCCGGGGUGCUCAAUUCUCAUGGGUGACCGAGAACGGGAAGCAGGAGCGCCAUCUGGUUGCUACAGUUGGCAAGUUCAGUGUAAUAUGGAACUUCCAACAGGUGAAGGAUGGUUCUCAUGAGUGCUAUCGAAAUCAGGUGGGCUUGAAGAGCUGUUACUGCUACAAGAUAGUUCUGAAAGAUGACUCCAUAGUCGAUAGUCGCUUCAUGCACGAGAAAUUUGCAGUCAGCGAGUCACCUGAAGCUCCUCUAGUGGUUGCAACCCCCAUGAAAGUUAGCUCGUUCAGUAUAUCUAGCAGGCGAUGACAUGCUUAAACAAAGCCCUUUUGUUUACUUGUGCACGCGUCAAGUUCUAUCAAUAAGUUGUAUCAGAUGCUUUCUGUAGGCCCUUCUUUAGUGUAUUGCAGUUUGUUGUUUGGUUGGAGCAUAUUUGGAAGCCUUUCCAGAAUUGACUUUCCUAAUUGUACUCUUGUUUUAAUUAGUAAGUUUAGAGACCAUGUUGCAAGUGAUUUGAUUGAGCCCUAAUAAUUUUAUUGUUGUUGUAAUACGUUAAAAGAAUUAGAUGUUGGUUGUUUUGAGGAAAGAUGUUGAAGUUAAAGUGGA